ACACGCUCGUUCUUACUCUUAAAAAUCUCCCACAAGUCUCAAUUCUCAAAAACAAAAAAAACUUCUUCUACAUUCUCGCCAAGCCACAUUUAGAGACAAAUGCUGCAGAGUAAAGCUUAGCGUUUUACACUUCAAUCUGUAACCGCUAAAAAUAGUGACAAUAUCUUUUUGCUAAAUUAUAGGCUUAUAAUUAUACCUCACCUAUCCCCAUCACCCACUUCUCCCUCAAGUUUUUGCUUUUUGGUCAUGGUUGUCAACCACUUUUAUCUCUCAAAUUCCUGAAUUUAUCACUUAAUAAUCUCUCUCUCUCUCUCCCUCCCUCUCUUCCACUGUCCUAGAUUUUCUGUUUGGAUGCAGAGAGAGAAAGAUAAAGAAAAAAAAAAAAAAAAAACAAACAUGGAUGAUUCUAUGUCUAGCCUACUUUGUCAAGAAAGUGAGACUUGUUUGGAUGAAGAGUUGGUAAAUGGGGAUACAUUCAUUAACUUUAAGAACUAUGAUGGUUCAGAAGAUGAGCACCUGGAAAUGCUAUUUGAAAGAGAAAUCUGUUCUGGGUUCAAAAGGAAUGAGUCUUUGGUGUUUGGAAGCUGGGUCCAAUGUGCUCGCUUGGAAGCUUUCACAUGGAUUCUGAAAACAAGAGCAGCAUUUGGAUUUCGCUUCCAAACAGUCUAUUUGUCAAUGACAUACUUCGAUCGAUUCCUUUCAAGGCGGUCCAUCGAUAGUGAAAAAUUAUGGGCCAUUAGAUUACUGUCAGUGGCAUGUCUUUCUCUGGCUGCAAAGAUGGAGGAGUUAAAAGUUCCAACGUUAUCAGAGUUUUUUUUAGAAGAUUAUAACUUCGAGAGCAAAUUCAUUCAAAGAAUGGAGCUUUUGGUAUUGAACACAUUAGAAUGGAGGAUGUGCCUAAUCACUCCUUUUGCUUUUCUUCAUUUCUUCAUCACGAAGUUGUGCAAGGAAUCUCCACAAAGUAAUAUUUUGUCCAGGACUGUGGAACUCAUCUUGGUUAUAGCCAGAGAGGUCAAUUUAAUGGAUCAUCGACCGUCUGUUAUAGCUGCUGCUGCAGCCUUGUUGGCUUUGGAUGAUAGAUUAUCAAGAAAAGCAUUGGAGUUGAAGAUGAAUUCCAUUUCCCAUUGUAGAUUUCUUGAAAUUGAUGAUGUGUUUUCAUGCUAUAAUAUAAUGAGAAGAUUAGGUGUGGAGAAAUUUAAAAUACCUAAGGUUGUAAAUUCUCCAGAUCUUUCCCCAACCCAGUUGGGGCCAAUAGAUGUUUUUGAUAAUUCAUUGGUUACUUCUGCUGUUAGCAAUAAAAGAAAAAGGCUUACACUCAAUACUAGUGAUCAAAGUUGUGUCAUACCUGAUGACAAGCGACUCUGCUAGAGAAGAUUGGACUAUAAGCAUUUGUGAAAGAUUUGGUAGUGGCUUUUUCAAUAAUGAUUAUUGGUCAAAUCAGCGUUCUUUAAUCAUUAGCGUUCUUUAAUCAUUACUUAAUGGAUAUGAUUUGGGAUUGAUUGAUUGAAUCUCCCUUAGGAACAGCCAGAGAGAGAGAGAGAGACAGUGAGGGGAAAGAGAGCAGGAAAAGAAAAAUAGAAAAAGCAAAGCUUUGGGCUGCAUAUAAAAGCUGAUUACCAUUAUAGGCAAUGCCACAAUGUGGAAAAGAGACCAGAAGAGAAG